AUGAAGAGAUGCUCUGUUUUCAAUAGCCUGAAUGGUGGCUGUGGCUGUGGCCUCUGUGCUAUCAUUAAUCACAGCCCACAAUUCUCUCUCUUUGUCCCUGUUAACCUCCAUCGCAGCCGUCUGCAACGUGUCUCCCUGAACACACAUUCUGAUAAAGCCUGUUCUCUCUCCUUCCUUCCUCCUACAUCGAAUAUAAACUUCAGAUACCUCUCCCUCUCUAUCUUUCUAAUUCUCUCUCUUCUUUCCUCCAUAAAACCCCAUUUUCAUCGUCCCAAAUCCCCACUUCACAACCAUAUUAAAAUGGCAUCAGAUUCCUCCGACCAACGCCGAACAACCACCGCAAAGAACCACCACGUCGGGCUUGGUGCGCCGCCUUCGGAGCCUGAACACCUUCCUUGCCCACGAUGUGAUUCCACCAAUACCAAGUUUUGUUACUACAACAACUAUAACUUUUCUCAGCCGCGUCACUUCUGCAAGUCAUGUCGACGGUACUGGACACACGGCGGCGCUCUCCGGGACAUCCCUGUUGGUGGUGGUACUCGGAAGAAUGCUAAACGUGCACGUAUCUCCACCGCCACUUCCCAUGACAACUCCUCCGUUUCCUCUGGUAUAGAAUACCACCACAUUUCUGCCACCUCCACCACCACAUCCGUCGCCUCCAUCCCUAUCUUGAUGUCAUUUGCCGGAGAUCACGGUGGGUCCGGGCACUGUGGGAGCUUCACGUCGCUUUUGAGUAACACUCAAAGCCCGGGGCUUUAUGGGCUUGAUCAAGAUUUUAGCUUUGGCCUUGGACGAACGAUUUGGCCGUUUUCCAGUAUUGGAGACGGCGUUGUUGCUGGUAACGCCGGCAGCGGCGGCGGUGGGAAUACGUGGCAGAUGGACAGUACAGACGGUGGUGGAGAUUAUUUCGUUUUCCCGGAUCUUGCGAUUUCCACACCAGGCAAUGCCAUGAAGUAG